UUGUCCUUACCAGAAUGCAUUUGAAACGGAGUGUUAUAUGGAAGACUUGGUACGUUCUCCAACCUAAACAAUAGAUAUACAUGCAUUCCCUUCCACUAAUCGAGUGGGUAACACUUUUUUAUGAUGCAGAAUAUGCCCACAAGUAAUACCAGUUCUCAAACCAGCAUCUUUAAAUGAUAUCGCAUAGAUACAAACCACUUGAACAACGCGUCAAGUGGCCUGACUAAGCAAAUCAGUGAAGCGAAUUCACGACUUUGCGUCAAAGAGUGUCUUCCAGAUUUCAUGGAUCCAAGUAAAGAUUCCUGGUUGCACUCUCGACUGACUCGUAUGUUCGGUUUCGACAAAAAAGACAUAGCCACGGCUAAUAUUUGAUGCAUAAUUGAAACCGACAGGGAAGUCCUCACUGCUCUCUCUUGGUCACCAAAAGCACCUGUCAGAUGGCGAAUCUGGAUCCAAGCAAUUCAACUUAACAUCAAGACGAUCUCUCGCUUCUUCGGCAUUAACAAGUCCAUUCGUCAACAUACUUGGAAAAACAGAUGACAUUUGGAGGUAGUUGCUUGGAAUGGCACCUGUGGAAAAGAUCGGCUACUUUGGAGAGCCCACGGCAUCCAUUGAUUGGUGCGAACAUAACUAUGAGAUCUCGUUCUACAUUGCCGAAUUUUGGAACACGGCCUCCAAUCUGUUCCUGAUAGUGCCUCCUCUGAUGGGUUUCAUCAAAUCUAAAGCUCAGGGCAUGGAAAUGAGGUUUCUGAUCUGUCAUCUGUCUGUAUUGGUCAUUGGGAUUGGUUCGUUCUUGUUCCACAUGACCCUACUCUUUCACAUGCAACUCAUGGAUGAGAUUCCCAUGAUCUAUGGCACCUCAGUCAUUGGAUAUUCCCUGUAUCAGAUCAGAGAGCCAUUAGGACGCAAGAAUUGGCUCUUAGCCAGCUUGCUACUCACCUAUUGCCUAGUGUUCACCGUUGCCUAUCUAGCCUUCAAAGACCCUUACAUCCAUGAAGGCAUGUUCAUCUUUCUCACUCUUGGCCUUAUUUGGCUGGGUCUUCGUCAAUACUACGAUUCUGAUCACAGCCUCAGAGAACGAAAAUGCACCCGUUUGUUCCAAAUGGGUCUGGUUUGUUAUGCCCUGGGAGGCCUAUCUUGGAAUGCAGAUAACCAUUUGUGUCCUCGUCUGACUCACCUUCGGCGUCAGGUUCUACCAAUGUGGUUGACUGCUCUGAGUCAGCUUCACGCGUGGUGGCAUUUCUUCUCGGGCAUUGGAACCUAUUUCAUCAUCACUUCCUUCAUUGGCUUCCGUUUGCGAUUCCUCAAAACGCCGUUUCAUAUUCAAUGGCGGUGGUUUGGUCCGAUUGUCCAAAUCAAGUCCUCAAGUGCCUAAUCGGAUCAGGAACAAAAAGUCCGUUCACCCUCUCAAUGCCUAUGAAUAAAUGAUUUAUUACCAUAA